ACUUUGCCCUCUCAGCAAACCCUAAUCCCUUCCCUCUACAUUUACUUGUAGCGACCAAACAUUUUUGUUUGCCCACUUUGGUACCAACUCUGCAACUUUCCAUCUCGAUCUUUGCAAUAGUCCAGGAAGGGUAGCGCAACGACAGCAACAAUGGCCGCCGGCAAGAAAACCAAGAAGACCCACGAGAGCAUCAACAACAGGCUCCAGCUCGUGAUGAAGAGUGGCAAGUUCACGCUCGGCUAUAAAACCGUGCUUCGCACUCUCAGGAACUCCAAAGGCAAACUGAUUAUAAUUUCCAAUAACUGUCCGCCUCUAAGGAAAUCCGAGAUUGAGUACUACGCGAUGCUCGCCAAAGUUGGGGUUCACCAUUAUAGUGGAAACAAUAAUGACUUGGGAACAGCUUGCGGCAAGUAUUUCCGUGUCUCUUGCCUUAGCGUUAUUGAUCCAGGUGAUUCUGAUAUCAUUAAGACACUGCCCGGUGACCAUUAAGCAGUUUUUGUUGCCGGAGAGUAGAAUCUUAUAUCAGUCUUCUAACAUUGCCCUUCUUUUAAACUUAUCUUAAGAUGCAUGAUUUCUGUUCAGUUUUGGUAUGUUCAUGGCGAUGUUUGUAACUUAGGUUCCAUUUGUUUUGAUUGUAAGACAUUUUAUUUUGUCAAGGAAAAUGAUUUCAGUGGAAAAUAUUUUUGGGGAAAAUAAGCUAUUUUUUGUUUGGCUAUAACCGUGAAAAUGAUUAGGAAAAUACCCUGUUUCUCCAAUGGGUUUGUCCCAACUUACAUUGUUAGACACAUCAAAACAAAAUGUGAACCAUAAAAUAGUUCAUCUCCAUUUCAAGUGA